ACGUGACUUUAUGGGUCGUGUGAACGCAGUAAGGCUAAAGUAAUCAAUACCAGAUGACGUGAGAAUGACUGUCAUGGCGCUGGUCGCUCGGAGUCGUGACGCUGUUGGUCGGUUGUCCUGUAAUCACGUUUUAUUGUCGGCCAGAUGGUUUGGAGCGUCUCAUAUCUGUGUGAGUCGAACGAGCAACACAGCCAGCAUAUCACACACCCUACAGGACAGAAAGAAAGAAAUAAAAGAAGAUGGGCUGAAACUGCAGGACUUUAUAACAGGAGAUCUGUCCGAGAAGAGCAAAUGGGAGGAACACAGGGGCAACCUGAAGAGACAAAAAGGUGAACGGCUCAGGUUACCACCGUGGCUAAAAACCGAGAUUCCAAUUGGGAAAAACUACAACAGACUGAAGAACACACUCAGAGACCUGAAGCUACACACGGUGUGCGAAGAGGCCAGAUGUCCGAACAUAGGCGAGUGUUGGGGAGGCGGAGAGUAUGCUACUGCCACGGCAACCAUCAUGUUAAUGGGGGACACUUGCACACGUGGCUGCAGGUUUUGCUCAGUAAAGACAGCGAGAAAGCCGCCUCCUCUCGACCCUGAAGAGCCUCAUAACACCGCUAAAGCUAUUGCUGCAUGGGGGCUCGACUAUGUAGUGCUCACAUCAGUGGACAGAGAUGAUCUUGCUGACGGAGGUGCAGAACACUUUGCAAAGACUGUGUCUCAUCUCAAGGGGAGGAACCCUAACAUCCUAGUAGAGUGUUUGACGCCUGAUUUUCGUGGUGAUCUGUUGGCGGUGGAGAAAGUCACUCUGUCUGGUCUGGAUGUUUAUGCUCACAACGUAGAGACUGUGAGAGAACUGCAGAGGUACGUACGUGACCCACGUGCGAACUUUGACCAGUCACUUGCUGUGCUGCGCCAUGUUAAACGCGUCAAACCGAGCAUACUGACCAAAACCUCAAUUAUGCUCGGACUUGGCGAAACAGACGCACAGAUACACGCUACUCUCAAAGAGUUAAGAGACUCCGAUGUGGACUGUUUGACCCUUGGCCAGUACAUGCAACCAACAAAACGACAUCUGAAGGUAGAGGAGUACGUCACGCCGGAGAUGUUUGCUCACUGGGAGAAGGUGGGGCAGGAAAUGGGGUUCGUUUACACAGCGAGUGGUCCCCUAGUGCGCUCUUCUUAUAAAGCAGGUGAGUUCUUCCUAAAGAACCUGCUGAAGAAGAGAAAGACGGAAGGAACCACGGAGUAAAGACGGCCAACACCUCGUCCCUGCACUCAAAGUCCAUCGUCGAGGAAUCAGAACAACAGAAAAUAUUUCUUUUAAGCAACAGCAUCUACGUUAUAACAGAGUCUUCUGGUACGUGGACGAGAGAGACAGAAGACGACAGCCAGCAGUAGACGUGUCUGGGUUUCAUUACGGAGAAAAAGCCGUCUUCAGAAUGCAUUACUUGUUAGCGAAGUAUCACCAGGUUCUUCAGGGUGGUGAAGCGAUACCCAAAAGUCCGUGUAAUUUAAUUAAGCGAGAUAUUGUGGAAAGUGACAAUUAAAUGACAAAGGCAUCAAGAACUGUAAAGUGUAAUAAAUGAUUCUGAAGCAUU